AUGGUAUCUAUCUAUCUAUCUAUCUAUCUAUCUAUCUAUCUAAUCUCAGAGUUACCGUUCCUUCCAACAUUAUAUUUAUGUAUCUACUUGAGAGUUUUAUUACAGUUUUUAUUUAUUAAUGGUGGGACAACGACUUCGGUCGUUUUCAUUUUCCUAUUUCUUCUCUUUUUCAACCACUAUUCUUUUUUUUUUUUCUUCAUUUUUUCCUUAACUAAUCUUCUCUUUAUUAUCUAUCUGUAUACGCGCCAUUAUCUAUCGCCAUUUCCCUUCUUUUUUAAAAAUUCAGCGUCCUGCUUCUGUCUUUUUGUCCUUUCUUCUUUUUUUCUUCUUCACCGCCCACCCUUUACUUCAACAUUCUCCUUCCUUUUCUUCUUCAGACUUCUCUUUCCGCUUUCUUUCUCGAACUCUUCACUCACUUUUUCUCACUAUUCUCCUUUGUCUUCUUUUUUACUCAGUACUCUCACCUUUUCUUCUUCACUUUUUUCUCUCCCUUUUUAUCUCCAAACUUCUCUUUCCCUUCUCUUCUUCAAUCUUCUCUUCUUAUCCUUCCCCUUUUUCCUCACUCUCUUUUUAAUCACUGUCUCCUCUCACCUUUUCUUCCUCACUCGCUUCUCUCCCUUUUCUUCCUUUGUCUUCUUUUUCCCUUUUCUUCUGACAUGUCUUCUCUUCUUUUCCUUUCCCAAACCUCUCUCUCCCUUUUCUACUUCAAUCUUUUCUCUUCACAUACAUCCCCAGCCUCCUUUCUCCAUUUCCUUUCCUAGUCCUAUCCUUCCGUUUUCUUUCUCAGUGUCCUCCCUCGCUCUCCUCUCUCUCGCUUUUCUUCCUGUUUUCUUUAACCCCCUUCUUCAUGACUCUUUCUUCCCUUUUCCUCCUAAAACGCCUCAUUCUUUUCUACCUGAGCCUCCUCCUUCCAUUCCACUCUACUUCCAUUCUUUUUUUUCUUGUCCUUCUUUAUUCUUCCGCAUUCUCCCCUCUUCCUUUCCAUCAUCUUUAUUUAUUCUCCCUUUUCUUCUGCAAUCUCUUUCUCUCUCUCUCUCGUUACUUUCUCGGUCUUCUCUGUCCCUUUACUUUUGCAAUCUUCUCUCUCUAUCUCUCUCUCUUCACUAUUUCCCUCUCUCCCCCUCUCCCGCUCGUUACUUUCUAGGGCGUCUCCCUUCAUUUUCUUUUGUAAUCUUCUCUUUGUCUUUUCUUCUGCCGUCUUCUCUCUCUCUCUCUCUCUCUCUUUACUUUCUAGGGUUUCUCUCUCACUUUUCAUUUAUACUCUUCUCUCUCUCUCUCUCUUUCUCUCUCCCUCGAUCUACUCAGUCCCUUUUCUCCUCAAGACAACUCUCCCGUUUCUAUCCAAGUCUUCUCUUUCUAUUUCAUCCUACAGCCGGCUUUCAAACAUUUCUUCCACAGUCCCCACUUCCUUUUCUUCCUUUGUCUUUUUCAUCAUUUUCUUAUCUACACACUUCUCCUUCCCUUUUCUUUUCCAAACUUCUCUCAUCUUUUAAUUCCUCACUCUCCUCUCUCUCUUUCUCGCUUUUUGCCCACUCUCUUCUCUCCUUCUGUUUUCUCAGUCUUUCCUCUCACGUUUCUCCCUCACUCUCCUCCCUCCUUCUGUUUUCUCAGUUUCCCCUCUCACGUUUUUCCUCACCACCUCCCCCCCUACUCUUUUCUCAGUCUCCUUCACGUUUCUUCCUCACUAUCGCCCUCUUUCUUUUUCAGUCUACCCUCUCACGUUUCCCUCACUCUCCUCCCUCCUUCUGUUUUCUCAGUUUCCCCUCUCACGUUUCUUCCUCACUCACCUCCCCUACACUCUUUUCUCUCUCCUGCUCACGUUUCUUCCUCACCUCCCCCUACUCUUUUCUCAGUCUCCCGCUCACGUUUCUUCCUCACUAUCGCCCCUCCUUCUCUUUUCUCAGUCUACCCUCUCACGUUUCUUCCUCACUCUCCUCCCUCCUUCUGUUUUCUCAGUUUCCCCUCUCACGUUUCUUCCUCACUCACCUCCCCCUACUCUUUUCUCAGUCUCCCGCUCACGUUUCUUCCUCACUCUCCUCCCUCCUUCUCUUUUCUCAGUCUUCCCUCUCACGUUUCUUCCUCACUCCACUCUCUCCUUUUAUUUUCUCCGUAUCCACUCUCACGUUCCUUCUCUCCAUUCUCUUUUCCCAGUCUCCCCUCUCAUGUUUCCUCCUCACACUCUUUUCUCCCUUUCUAUACUCAGUCUUCCCUUUCACAUUUCUACCUCACCUAUCACUUUCCUUCUUCAUCAUGUCCUCUCACGUUUCUUCCUCACUAUCCUCCCUCCUUCUCUUUUCUCAGUCUUCCCUCUCAUGUUUCUUCCUCACUCUCCUCCCCCUUCUCUUUUCUCAGUCUUCCCUCUCACGUUUCUUCCUCACUAUCCUCCCUCCUUCUCUUUUCUCAGUCUUCCCUCUCAUGUUUCUUCCUCACUCUCCUCCCUCCAACUCUUUUCUCAGUCUCCCCUCUCACGUUUCUUCCUCACUAUCCUACCUCCUUCUCUUUUCUCAGUCUUCCCUCUCACGUUUCUUCCUCACUCCACUCUCUCCUUUUAUUUUCUCCGUUUCCACUCUCACGUUCCUUCUCUCCAUUCUCUUUUCCCAGUCUCCCCUCUCAUGUUUCCUCCUCACACACUUUUCCCCCUUUCUAUACUCAGUCUUCCCUUUCACAUUUCCACCUCACCUAUCACUUUCCUUCUUCAUUAUGUCCUCUCACGUUUCUUCCUCACUAUCCUCCCCCUUCUCUUUUCUCAGUCUCCCCUCUCACGUUUCUUCCUCACUCUCUUUCCGCCCUAUUCUUCCUCUUUCUUCUCUUCCCAUUUUUUUUUUUUUAUCUUCAGUCUCCUUUUCUUAA